GGGCGGUGGAUUCUGCAGCGCACAAAGAAAGGGGUGCAAUACCCGCUACCCGUGGCCUGUUCCGCGUCUCGGAGGAGUAGCUUGGAUGCGUUUCAAGAGAAAGGCGUCCUCCUACCUUCACGCGUUGCGCUCCCCUACGCCGCGUGGAGUUUGCCCUGAUUUCUUUGUUUUUUCGUGCGGGGGAGUCUAGCGGAGGACCAGACGAGCCGCGAGUCCUUUUCGCGAACGAGUCGUCGGUGAAAAUCGCAAGUUUGCCCUCCCAAAAGUGCAAAUGCCUGCGAUGGAUUUUCUAAAUCACCCACUUUGAGGACAUUCAUCAUCCGAGGUUUUGUCGGCGCGCUCCGACGCGCGCCGCGCUAUUGGCCGGGGCGCGCCAUGUGACCGCUCAACUUUGCACUUUUGCCCGGGCGGAGGAGGGAUUUAGGAGCAGAAAACGACAAACGCGAGAAAAAUUAGUAUUUUUCCACCCUCCGAAAUUUAUGGCCAUGAGCUCGUUCUUGAUGAACUCCAACUAUGUGGACCCCAAAUUCCCUCCGUGCGAGGAGUACUCGCAAAACAGCUACAUCCCCGAGCAGGAUGCCGAGUUUUACGCUGGCGGGGGCCAGCCGGCGCCCGCACCGACAUUCCCCGCGCCGCCGCACCAAGCGCUGUACGAGUCUGCGACCGACUACAGCCCCGAGGAGCCGGGCUACAGCUGCGAGCGCCUCCUGCACGUCUCCGGGGCGGCGGCCGCGGCGGCUGCGGCUGCCGCCGCCGGACGGGGUCUCGGCCAGGCACGCCGUCCGCCCGACUCCCAGAGCCGCGGCCCCGAGGCGAGGCAAGCGGCUCAGCACCGCCCCAAGGAGUGCGACGACUCGGAGGGCGCGGCACUGGCAUCGGGGGUGUGUAGCCAGAGCGGCGCGGGCGGGCAGCUGCAGCAGCAGCAGAGUCAGCAGCAGCAGCAGAACGGAGGAGCGGCGACACUGAAGCAGCCGGUCGUGUACCCGUGGAUGAAAAAGAUCCACGUGAGCACAGUGAACCCCAACUACACCGGCGGGGAGCUGAAGCGCUCGCGCACCGCCUACACGCGGCAGCAGGUGCUCGAGCUGGAGAAGGAGUUCCACUUCAACCGCUACCUCACCCGCCGGCGCCGCAUCGAGAUCGCGCACGCGCUCUGCCUCACCGAGCGCCAGAUCAAGAUCUGGUUCCAGAACCGGCGCAUGAAGUGGAAGAAGGACCACAAACUCCCCAACACCAAGGUCAAAUUGAACACGGCCUCGUCCACCCCUGCCAACCCCGUGUCGCAGGGAGCCUCGCAGUGUUAA